AUUUUGCAGUAAAUUUUUUUAAAGAAAAUUCUAGAAAACACACAAAGAAAAAAAAAACAAACAAAAAAAAGAAAAAAAAACACAAAGGUGUCCUUUUCGCUGUGGUGGGGAGAAGACGUCGAAUUUGGUUUGGAGUUAGUCCAGUCUGUGUAUUCCUUCCUAUUGCUUCACACCAACGACGACCCUUUCUGCGUUUCUCGAAUUUUUUGUCAACUCUUCAAUUCUCUUCGAAAUUCCACCCGAGAAAUUCCUAAUCAGUUCAUUCGUAAGGAGGAAAAAUUUCGAUAUAUUUGGGAUUUGGGGGUCGCAUAAUCAGAUCUUUCCCGGCGAAUUAUUGACAUGGCUUCGAGUGGGAACAAAAGCAUCAACGCCAAGCUGGUGCUGCUUGGAGAUGUUGGAGCUGGAAAAUCCAGUCUUGUCUUACGUUUUGUGAAAGGUCAAUUUAUUGAAUUUCAGGAAUCAACUAUAGGAGCUGCCUUUUCCUCGCAAACUGUGGCUGUAGAUGAUGCAACCGUUAAGUUUGAAAUAUGGGACACGGCAGGUCAAGAGAGAUACCAUAGCCUGGCUCCAAUGUACUACAGAGGAGCUGCUGCUGCUAUUAUCGUUUAUGAUAUCACAAAUCAAGCUUCACUGGAACGAGCUAAGAAAUGGGUUCAGGAGCUUCAAUCUCAAGGUAAUUCCAACAUGGUCAUGGCCCUUGCUGGAAAUAAAGCAGACUUAGUAGAUUCAAGAAAGGUGGCUACAGAGGAAGCACAAGCUUAUGCACAGGAGAAUGGUCUUUUCUUUAUGGAAACAUCAGCAAAAACUGCUACAAAUGUCAACGAUAUAUUCUAUGAAAUAGCCAAAAGACUGCCUCGUCUACAGCCGGCGCAAAAUCCAUCUGGCAUGGUUCUCCUUAAUAGACCUCCAGCAGAGAAAGCUGCUGGUGCUUCAUGUUGUUCUUAAAUCUUCUGAGGUGGAUUAAUGCAUGUGUGACCUCACCCAAUCUUGGGUUGUAUUCUAGUAAUUGUCCACAAUAUUCUACAACUAUCCGUCCAGCUAUGUACAGAAAAUCUUGUUGAAUUAUUAUUCAAUGUCAGAUAUAAAUAUUGUGAUUUGUUUGGAAUUUUAGUUCUCAUUAUAUACUACUCCCUCCGGUCUUUAUUAUAAGGCAUUUUAAUUUUUUUUAGGUUUCAUCUAGUAAGUAUUUUUCAUUGACAAAAGAAUCUUAAAAAUAUUUCAUAAUAAUCAAAAGAACAUGACGAAUGUGAAAAUAUAUUUUUAAGAUUUUUUAUCAAUGAAAAAUAUAUAUUAGGUGAAACCUAAGACAAAUCAAAAUAUCUUAUAUUAAGUACCGAAUGGAUCAGUACUUUAGAUGUGCUUUGAAAUGCUUAUCAGAUUCGGUUUGGCUAGUCCUUUCAUUUAUUUAUUUUCGUUAUUCC